GCACACGCGCUGACUCCGCGAUCCGAGACUGCUUAUCGCUUUUUACCACUCUUACCUGCAUUCCUCUCUCAUUCCCCACCCUGGAUAAUGCGCGACGAGCAGUACAUAAAGCAGAUAUAUAAAGGGAACUUAUCGAGGGUGCCGGAUUCAGUCGCUCGCGACACGUGUGUGCGGCUUCUUGUCGGAGAAGUUGACAGCAGGAGGAAGUUGGGAGUUGGAUGAGAUCUGUGCGGUGACUUAUAUAUUCGAAAAUUAUCGUGAAACACAAAAGGGGCAACCUCGAUAAGGGGAAAACGAAGUGCGCGAAUGCCAUCACUUUUAACGAAAUAAUAGAAAUAGAAAAAGACAGAGACGCAUAUCAUUGACAUAUCUCGCGUGCCUAGUAAAUCUUCAAGGAUGAUCUCUGCGUGGAAAGCAUGUUGUGGCCGGUUACCGCAACGAUGGGUGUUCGCAUUAAUGGGAUUUCUGGCAAUCCUGAAUGCAUAUACUAUGAGAGUCUGUCUCUCAAUCACUAUUACGGAAAUGGCAUAUCCAAUACAUGUCAAUUACACGGACGAUUCCUGUCCGUAUAAUACAUCGGACAAUAAAAACGAAAAUGACGCAAAAGAUGCCCAACGCUACGACUGGGAUGAACAUACUCAGGGUCUCAUUCUCUCGUCGUUCUACUGGGGCUACGUUCUUACGCAUCUGCCAGGAGGAAUACUGGCCGAGAAGUUCGGUGGCAAAUAUUCCCUCGGUCUUGGCAUUCUCUCGACAGCAAUCUUCACCCUGUUGACGCCGGUGGUGGUCGAUUGGGGCGAUUGGAUCGGCCUGAUGGUAUUGCGGAUCUUCAUGGGCCUCGGCGAGGGCACGACCUUUCCAGCGUUGAACGCUAUGUUGGCACAAUGGACGCCACCGGAAGAGAGAUCGAUGAUCGGAUCGAUGGUGUUUGCCGGUGCCCAGCUCGGCACGGUACUGGCCAACCUAUUAUCCGGCCUGAUCCUACACUCCUACAGCUGGCCCGCAGUUUUCUACGUGUUCGGCGGAAUCGGCCUGCUAUGGUUCCUCGUAUGGGUGCUGAUCUGCUACAACAAUCCGUAUGAGCAUCCGUUCAUUUCUGAGCGUGAGAUGAAAUACCUGCACGAACGUAUGAACAAGCACACCCACACGAAACCGCCGCCCGUACCUUGGCGCCAUAUGCUGCGCUCGGCGCCGAUCUGGGCGCUGAUCGCCGCCCAAGUCGGUCACGACUGGGGUUUCUUCACCUUAGUCACCGAUCUCCCUAAAUACAUGAGCAGCGUGCUUCACUAUUCUAUCAAGAACAACGGUUUGGUUUCGUCGUUGCCUUAUCUCGUUAUGUGGUUCUGCAGCAUAGCAACAUCCUGGCUGGCCGAUUGGAUAAUUACCAAUGGUAUCAUGUCACGCACCAAUGUGCGAAAACUCGGUACCACUAUCGCUUCCCUGGGCCCAGGUGUCUUCAUCAUUGGCGCCUCGUACGCUUCGUGCGAUAAAACGUUGGUGGUGGCUAUGUUCACCAUCGGCAUGGCUAUGAUGGGCACCUUCUAUCCCGGGAUGAAAGUCAACGGGCUGGAUCUUAGUCCCAAUUACUCCGGCACUUUGAUGGCACUGGUAAACGGGAUGGGUGCCUUUACCGGUAUAAUCACGCCAUACAUUGUCGGCGUGUUGGCGCCUGAACAAACACUCAUCCAAUGGCGGCUCGUCUUCUGGAUCGUCUUGAGUUUCUUCGUCGUGACGAAUAUAAUCUUCAUCCUGUACGCCAGCGGCGAGGUUCAAUACUGGAACGAUCCUGAGUUCGUUAUACGAGAUCGGGAGGAGAGGCGGCUGCGUGAGGAGACAGGCAAGCAGACGCCUCCGAAGAAAUCAUGAAAGCCUUGUUCUUGGCGCAGUGCCCCAUAAAGUUAAACGCUAUUAAGCGCUUAAUGAAACAGUCAAGCUUUUCUUCCGAAAAAAGAGAUCUCGCACAGAUAUCCUAGAUAUCGUUUUUUUUUUUUUUCGACAAGCGCAAGUUCCGUCUUAUCGUUUCUCCACAUUCUUCGACAAGGAUUUCAUAUCGCAUCCGCAUGACAAUGAGAUGUUAGAUGAAAAAGACGUGUGUUCACUCUCGCACAUAAUCCUUGAAUAAUAAUUCAAGCGUUAAGUUCGCACGGCUCUGGACGCCGCGAAUUGUGAAUGUGUAUUAUUCAUCGCAAUGCGACUUUUACGCAAGUACGCAGAUUUUGUAGUAAAAGGAGGAAUUGUAAAUUAAAGACGAUGGACAAAUAAUGCAUUGUAUAUAUUGCGGAUUUUAUAUCAGAUAAAAAGAGAUUAAAUAAAUUUAUAGUUAAGUUUAAUUUAAUUAAUUAAAAUAUUAAAAUAAUUAAAAUAAUUAAAAUAAUUAAAUAAUAUUAAAAUAAUUAAUUAAAAUAUGUUAAUUAUAUACAUAAAUCGCCAAUAUAUCAUCAUUUCGCCAUCGUCGAAUUAAAAUAUAGUCGAGCUCUUCGGAAAUCUCUGAUAUUUCUUAGGAAAAUCUUAUUGCGAAAGAGCAAUUGAUCAUAUAUAUUGACGAAUUGGCCCAGAAUACACAAACGAAAACAGCUGGUCUCAGAAAUAAACACACAUUUACUUAAUAAAUUUCAUUUGAUAUGCAAUGUACAUAAUAAAUAUAUUAUUUUAUUUUAUCAUAUAUAAAAUACAAUGUAAAAUGUUGUUCCACAUCAUUGAUUAAACAAUUCAAGUUUCGGCAAAGUUUGUCGGAGACUCGUUAAAAAACUACAUAAUAUGCGUUUUUUCUUUUCUUUCUUCGUAAUCACAUCGCGUUACAUGUAACUAUAGAUGCUCGAAUUCCAUUUGUCGUAUUGUUAUAAUUCGAAGUUAUAUAUUGUGCAAAAAUGCACUUUACAAAAGUGUGUGAUAAUUCGCGCAUUUCUUUUUAAUAUCGUUUUUGUUCAACUUAAGUUUUACACAUACACAUUUUAUCCGUGCUAAUUGUAAGGAACAGAUGAAUGUUUGUAAUUCUGAGACCAACUCUGAAAGACCUAUCUCACUGUUUAAUAAUUCACAGAUUAUGUUCACAGAAGAGAUAUCUGAAAUGUAUAAAUGAUGCCGACUCAUGUUCUCAUUGCAUACCUCGCAAAAAAAAACAAGCGUAUAUCUUAUAAAAAUAUGCAACAAGAUAUAUCUAUUCAUCGAUGAUCCGCGCGCAUUUCAAGAACCUGUUCUGCGAAAUCCAGAUCGAUCAAGCUACAUUAUUACUAUCUAUUAUCACUUUUUCACUGUUCUGCAUUAACGUAGUAUUUUAACAAAAUUUAGAUACCCUGAUAACAUACCGAAGAUUUUUAAAUUAAAAACAGUUAAAACAAAAAGCAUAUUAUAUAAAAAUAUAAAUGCAAAUUAAAGAUUUUACUUUGAUAAAAUUAUGACGGAUUUAUAAUGUACAAAAUUGUCAAAAUUUUUCUCUUGGAGAGACAAUGUGUUUGAUAUUUUAUAUACCCGACAACGAAAUUGUAAAAAAGGAAAAAAGACAAUAAAAACAGCGCAUCUCGGUAUUAAAGAAAAUCAGCCGAGAUACUUCUAUGUAAAUAUAAACUGAAAACCAAUUAAUUAUAUAGAUAUUCGAUUUAAAUAUCACUCGAGCAUAAGAAAUUGUUUUAUUUGAUUAUCAUUCAACGAUUAAUAUCAGAUGCGGUUCAGUUUUAUGACUGGCUUCCGCUGUCGUUGUUUUUUUGAGAGCGAUAUAGAUCCAAAUUAAAUAUAUGUGAUAAAAAUUAAUUUGAUAUGAAAGUUAUAUAAUACCAAGCGAAAAGGCAUCUGAAUUAUCUUUUUUAUAUUAUCAAAGUUGUAUAUAAAAUUAUAUAAAAUUUUAAAAGAUUAGAUAAUUUUGUUCUUGUGUCGCAUUCAUAUUUCUAUAUCGUUCUCAAUAUUCGAUUUCGUGAUACUUGCAUGAUGUAAUUGAAAUUACAGAACGUAUCGCGUGCAUUGUUAUCUUAAUGAUGGCCAGAUAGUACAACAGUCAUUUGCUAUAAUUACGCGCUGCCAGAUUUUUAACGAGCUUUAUGCAGACGAUAUUUUAAUAAGCGUCAAUUAGUCGAUGUAUCUAGGGAGCAAUAUUUUCCUACGAGAAAUACAGCGUGAUGAUAUUCAAAAUGCGUUUCUCCGCAACUCGAAAGAUCGUGCCAUGUGUAUGGAUAAUUUAAUCCAUAAUGCUUUCACAACGCGUAUGUUUUACAUAGAUAGACAUAAUUUUUGCGUAGAUUGCGUGUAGGCGCAAGAAAUGCAGUCAGAAAAAAAAUGUAUUGCUUAAUAAUAUGCAUUACAUGCUCUUGCUCUGGUUGCAUUUUA